AUGGCGUCAGCGUCUAUCGAAACAGAUUGCGUUUGGCUGGUAAAAUAAAAUAGGUCAGUAGAUAGCGUGAAAGUUUGUAAAUAUGCACGCUUCGGGAAGAUGAAGACUUAUUAGUCAGUUAAAAGAAGGAAACUGUCAGCCGAACAGGUUGUGAUCUUUAUUUGUUCGGCGUAGCCACUUUGAUCGGCCUAAAAUAAUUCAGCAAAGGGAGGGGUUGGGACAAGACUACAAAUCCCAUCAGCAUUGGUGAGGGACUGUGCCAGGUGGUAAACUUGUUGUGGGGAAUGCCAGUAAAUGUAGUUUUACCACAUCCACCAUGACUUUACUUCGAAGCAUGCGAAGAAAGACUGUUUGAAAGUAUAUGGGAGGAAUUUCUGUAAACUUCCGAAAUUACGUAAGCAACGCUUCUGCACAUAAAUAUUAAAGUGAGGAAACGAUGUUGUUUUUCUAAGAUUGGAAGACAAACUAAAACGGUAAUUUCACCACUCUCACCUUAUUGUCUUCCUCUCCCCAACACCCUGGUGACUCUCAAAGGGACUGAGAGGGAGGGGGUGUGUUGGCAAUGCUUGCGGUACAUGGGAAUGGAAAACAGGCGAAAGCGGCAGCUAGCAGUAGAGAGGCGUCAACACCGGCUCCAGAGUCCUCGCUGACCUGGUGUCUGGGUCAGUUAGUGAAAGCUGGUAGCGCAUUGGGGGACCAAAGAGAUGGAGGGACCAAGCUGGAUGACGGAGAAACCGAGAAGGUGAAAGAAGCGGAGAGGAGGGCUAGAGCUGGGCUAUGGCGGGCACUGGUGGCCAUCCGCACGAAGCAUAUCAAAGGAGGUAGCGCUGGCAUCGCACGUUACCGGACACGUGGUGGCUUGCAGCCGCUGCUGGAGCUUCUUCGGCAUCCAGGAUGCGCUCGGAAGACCCUGGACCUCGCGCUCAGCAUCCUGGCCAACUGCUGCACGGAGAGUGAGACAAGAGAUGAGGUGCGGAAACUAGGAGGAAUAGCCCUUGUGGUGGAGGUUCUGAAAAAUGUUCCCGUGGAGACGGUCCAGAACAGAGCUGCGCGAGCCCUGGGAAACCUGGCCAUCGACCCAGAGAACUCCUCGCUCAUCCAUUCAGCUGGUGGUGUCUCUCCUCUUAUUCUAUGCCUUUCCCCCUCCUCCUCAUCAUCAUCCCCUCCCACAGUACCCUCAACUGCUCCCUGCCCAAAAUUGGAGUGUGCCCAAUCAGCUGCCCGUGCCCUUCUUUAUCUCUCCGACACCCCUUCUAACCGCCUCUCCCUGCUGUCCCAGGGAGCUCUCCCUGCCUUAGUCCUGCUUAUUGCCCCUGAAUACCCACCUGGUUUGAGACGGGCCUCUCUGCGGGCCCUCAAUGAGCUGACUAGGGGCUGCAGUGCGGAGUGUGCGAGAGAAGUGUCUCGAUCCGGGGCGCUGGCUCAGUUGGGAGUCCUGGCUUCAGACGAAAGUGGUCAGCCUCUCAAGGAAAUCGCUUUGAAAACACUGGCAAAUCUGUGUUCUCAAGGUUGCCUCCGUCCGCUGGUGGGAUCUUUGGGAGUCAUUGAAAAAUUUGUUGAAGAGGUGAAGAAGGCCCCCUCAAAAUCGGCGAUGUUCUUUAGAGCCCUCUGUUUAUGCUGUAAGGAGGCAGUGAAUAGGGUGAAAGUGAAGGAGAGUGGAGGUUUAGAGGUACUGACUGGCUUUCUGUCUGUCAAUCAGAGCCACCCUCUUGCCCGAUUGGCUGUUUUGGCCUUUGUUGACUUUGUUUACGACGAAUCAGCACUGGAGCAGCUCCAAGGGUUAGGCCUUGUGCCUUUGCUUGUUUCCAGACUGGUUGAGCUGGCUAAAGGGGAGGAGCCAACUGAAGAGGUGGACAUGCCUCUUUCCUCCUCUUGUCUAGAACUGACAGCUCCAUCUUGCUUUGAAUCUUUUGACUUCCCACCUCCUGAGGGGAGCAAGAAAGAAGAAGGAGUAAAAGAGCUUGGCCAAGGAUCAUCCAGCUUUCUCAGUCUGAGGUCCUGGUUGCUCUCUGAAGGGCUAAUCUCCUGUGAGGGGGAGCUUCUGUCUCCCCCAACAAGUGGAGAGGGGAGCUGGGGGAGUCCUUGUCCUUCCUUCUCUCCCCCUACCCCUCACUCUGACAGGCUUUCUCCCUUAACUUGCUCCUCCCCCACUCAGACCCUCCCUCUUCAUUCUUCUACACCUGCCCCUCUCUCUCCAUCUGCGCCCGCUACACCCAUCACUCCAGCCCCGCUUCCCCAGUCUUCCUCCCAGAAAAGGGCAGCUAUAUCUGUCUCUACCCCUCUUCGUCCCCCUCCUCCUGCCCCACAUUCCACGACAGCUGUGUCUUCCUCCCCACUUUUCUCCACACCCGCUUCUCACAAGCCCAAGCCCACCUCUCCCUGCAGGCCUACCUCCCCUCCCAAAAAACAAUUCCAAGUCCUUUCCGCUACUCCCUCAAGCACAGCUCCAGCUGAUACAUCUCCAGCACCAAUACAACUGCCUACUUACAAUCACCCUUACCACCCUGAACCUUGGACGGCUGAGUCCCCCAUUUUGCUCUUGCUGUCUCGCUUCUCCCAGUCCAUGGACCCUAGUUCUGCACUGAUAAACUCUGGCAUCAUAUCUGGGCUGCUGUAUUACCUCACCCAACAUCGGGACCCCAGUCCUAGGUGUUUCCGCAUGCUUUGCCGCCUGAGCUGCAACCCUAACUGUCUGCAAGGGCUGAUCAGAACUGGAUCUGUAGCUCUGAUUCAGCACCGUUUAUGCCAGGGAGAAGGAGAGAGAGAAGCGGACAGACAGAAGGACAGAGUGAAGGCCAAUAUACGACAGCUGGGCAAGGCUCUGCUUAAUAACCUGCGUUCCCAGUGUGAGUCCAGCUUUGGUUCUGGCGUACUGACCCACAUCAUGCUGUCUGGUUCUGACACGGACAGACUAUUUUGUGCCCUGAGUUUGCCGCUGAUAAACAGUAAUAAACUUCUCCUGAAGAAACUCCUCCUUGACAAUGGAGGCUUGCAGUUGGCUUUGGAGCACCUCAGUUUGCGUGAUGAAAAUACUGACCACACCCUUGGACACUGGAGGUCUCUUUCUAGCUGGUUAUACCCCCAUCAACAAGCAUCUUCUGUGCAUCUCCGUUCUCUGUACUUCUCUCUUCUUACAGAAUGCCUGACUUGUCUAGUGGGACAUUCCAAGCUGGAAUUGGACAAAACAGGGAUUUGGUUGGGCAGUGGGACUGGAGUGGACACUCUACUGAAUCAUAAUAGCAUCCCAGUGGUCUCUAAAACACACAGUCAUUUGCCACCUCCCUUGAAAAAGCCUCGUCUUAGCCAUUCCUGCCCCUACCACAACUCAAACUUUGAUGUUAUCUUCCUGCUCGAUGAUGGUAGCCAAGUAGCAGCCAAUAAGGAUGCUGUUGCAGGGGAAGACGGGUCGGAAAAGGUUGGGUCAGAGUACUUCCGGGCCUUGCUCAAGGGAGGAUUCGGGGAGGCAAAGAGCAGUGGAGAGGAGGGAAUCCCAAUAAGGGAUGUGACUGCCACCAUGUUGCUACCCGUAUUACACUACCUGCAUGGGUGCUGUGUGAAUACUGUGGAGGGGGACGGGGAACAGGAGAGGGAGGUGGCCGGACAGUUGGAAGGAGAAAGCGACAAUGGGAAGAAAAGAAAAGUUGGAAGCUGCAUGGUUUUCCAAUCCCUGACUGCAGGGGGGCUAGGGAAAUGGAAGAAGAGAGAACAGGUUCAGAUGAGGAUAGAGGAGGGUGUGGGUUUCCAAAAUACCCCUUUAGCUGAGGCCAUGAUGGGGGCCAGCAGAUUUUUAGUGUGUGGGUUGCAGAGGGAGUUGGAAGAUUUGUGUGUGCUCCUGCUACGUUCUUCUGCCGCUUUGUGUACAUCGAGACGCCGAUCUUCAGUGGACACCGAGAAACAUCUGGUUUCUGAAAUGGACUGUGGGACUGAAUUGCCUGGAACAGAGUCUGCUGGGAAGGACUUGGUUGAACAAGUGUCUGCAGGAGAGAUAGGGGAAGAUGCAAGUUCUGUUUCAGACCGUGAUUUUGAUGUGCUGGUAAAACCAAGAACCCAAGAUAUAGAAUCUGAUUCACAGGCGAGGGUACAGCUGGGCUAUAAGGCUAAAAAAAGGAUCCAACUGCAGAGUAGGCAAGAGCCUGUCACUGAAACAGGGGUAGAUAAGGGAUCAAGAAAGAACCAAAAGGCACAGUGCGUCUUAAAUUUGGGGUCUAGAGCAAAACCUGGGACAGAGUCUGGUUUUAUGAGUAGUGAUUUCCAGCUCGAAUCUGCCUUGGACUCCUGGUUAGGAUUGGCAUCUGCAACAAGAUUAGAUUCUGAAUCAGAACUGCCAAUGAAAGCUGCACCACAGUUUCAUCCAGUUUUUGGCAAGCAGGAAGAGGACAUAGCAGACACUGCAGUAGAUUCUCAGACAGUGGUUAACUCUAAACUGCAACCUAGCAUUCUUUCUGCAUUAGAUGUUGAGAGCUGUACGAAGUCAGACAAGAGUGAGGAGACCAUGCCUAUGAUGGGUUCAAGGUUAAGGUCUACAACUCUCCCACAGUUCAAGUCAGGUACUGGGCCAGAUACAAAGUCAGCCAAUAUGGCAAAAGCCAAGUUAAAUUCCGCAUCCAGAUCACAUUCACAAAUAGCUACUCUGUCAGGUAUUAAGUUAAACUCAGGUUCUUGUUUUUCUGCUUUGAUCUCAGACUUCAUUUCAGACCACAAAUGUUCUCACUGGAGCUCCAGGAAGGGCUCAAAACAAGGUUCAGAAUUUCACUCGCCUAGUUCAGUAUCUACACUAGGCCAUAAGAUCGAGAGCCUGCCACAGUCUAUAGCCCACUCCUGCUGUGUGUCAGAUAGUCCUCACCCAGAGUUAGUUUCAGACUUCUGUUGCAGUACACGCUCUGUACCAACCCCAAACAACACAUGUUGUGUAACAUCAUACCAGGACUCUAUAUUGUGCUCCAGACUGAACUUGAAACCACCUGUCAUGCCAGACUUGAAGUUAGUUGAGCUCAAAUCAGACUCGGGUUCACAGCAGAAUUCUUACAUUGAGCAACUUAAAAGCAUCUCAGAUAAAGAACUUGCCUCAGAAUCAGGUCUGAGCCUGAGACCUAAACCCAAGUCGUAUCUGGAUCAUGACGAGUGGUCCCUGGUAAUGAAUCUGCCAGAACUCUACUGUUUUUCCCAGCUCCAUAGCUAUCCCCGUCUGGGACAGAUAUGUCUGUCGGUUUUACUGAGGCAAGAGAACCCUUCCCCCCCCCUGCCCCUCUCCCUUGCCACAGACUGUCUCUCACAACUGGCCAAAAGGUCUCACUGCAUUGAGUCCCUAAAACGGGACCUUCUGACUCUGGUCACUCAGGCAUUGAGCUAAAGGGGGAGAUAUGUUUUCCCACAUUAUCCAUUGAGCUGUAAGUAAUGUGAUGAUAUGUUGAUUAUAUCCCAAUGUGAUUAUAUGUAUAUUCCUGUAUUUGGCUGUAUUCCUUUUUUUGCCAAGGGGCCAACUAUUACAUUAGCAUUAAGUUGUGCUGUCAUGUAGGGGGACUGGUUCCCAUUUGAGAAUAGGUGGAAUGAUGCAAUAUUGGGGCAGCAGUGUGAAGAAGUGCUUAUGUGAGUUUGAGGUGUUAUGAAAUAUUGUAGAAUUGAAUCUUGGAUGGGGCACUGCCAGUGUACCAUUGAUUAGGCUACUCAACGUGAGUUGCUUUAUUAAAGAUUUCCAGCUGUACAAAUUGAGGAUGUACAAAUAUAGGCUUUGUAAGUGGCCCUCAGUAAGCGCAUCUGCCGAGCAAAUGAGAAGAAUUAACCACAGUAAAGCACUUAAUAGUACUGCAUUUUUGUUGUAAAAGGGCAAAGAAAUUCAGUAAGUUGAGAGGCAUAGAGUAAUAUGCACAUUUUUUUUUAUUUUUUACAUUUAAUUUUGUGCGGUAAAUAGUGUACAUAAUUCAUUGGUUGAAUGGCAGAAUCAUGUUUGAGCUGAGUGCCAUUGUUGAAACUGCAAGGUGGACUGUUCUGUAU